AUGGAAAUUCCCUGUUUUUCCAUACUGUAUUUCAUUUCACUUUGUAUGUUUGCACUAGAAGUAUGCAAGUCAGUCGAUGUGUUGAGCUCAUCUGAGCCAAUUCGUGAUGGUGAUACCCUAGUGUCGGCAGGAGAAAAGUUUCAGCUAGGUUUCUUCAGCCCUGGAAACUCCAGCAACAGAUUCCUCGCAAUAUGGUACCACAACAUCCCAGAAAAGACAAUUGUUUGGGUGGCAAAUGGAGAUAAUCCGGUGAAUGCUUCGUCAGGGGUUCUGAGGAUAAGUAAUGAAGGUAAACUAGUCCUUGUCGACCAAGCAGAAAGAGUCUUGUGGUCGUCGAAUAACAUGAAUACUACUUCGCAAAGCGUAGUUGCUCAGCUCCUGGAUUCUGGAAAUCUAGUUUUGAAAGAUGACAGUGAAAAUAUCUCCGGAAACUAUCUUUGGCAGAGUUUUGAUCAUCCCUCCAACACAUUAUUGGCGGGCAUGAAGCUGGGGUGGGACCUGAGGAUGGGUUUGGACCGGCACAUGACAUCCUGGAAGAGCGCAGAGGAUCCCUCAACUGGAGACUUCACCUAUGGUGUCGAUCUUGGAGAAAUAAUUCCCGAACUAGUCAUACGUAAGGGACGUGUCAAAUACUUCCGAAGUGGACCUUGGAAUGGAAUACAGUUCAGUAGGAUGCCGAUGGUUCCUAAUUUGUUAUACUUGCCCAAGUUCGUCAACAAUUCUCAAGAGGUCUACUACACGUUCAACCAAUUCAAUGAAUCCCCAUCACGAGUUUGGUGUUAA